AUGGUUCACCUGAGCUACACCAGGGUUCGCCGGAGGAGUUAUGGAACCAGAGGAUUCCGGCUAAAUUCUAAAAGGUUUUCUGUACAAAGACUACGUGCAAAGUUCUUUAAUUUCUUCAGGAUUCUUAUGAGAACUUGGAGAUCAAGCUCAUACUCGAAGAGGACAACUAUGAGUUGCAGCAACUUGAGCUAUGGAAGUAGCCGGAGAGACUUUGUAGCUAAGGCGAAUGCUAGCCAGGUUGAUGUUUGUAGGCUUAAGUCGUUCACAAGAUCUAAUUCUUUUUACUCCGAAGCCAUUGAAGAUUGUUUAGAGUUCAUAAAACGGUCGUCUGUUUCUUUGGAUGAAAAGCCCGAAACAUGCAUAAUGAUUAAAAUAGAAAAAUGA